GUUACCAAAUUGUUACAAAGGCUGGAAGAGCAAAUGGGGCAAGUGGUGUUCCCAGAAAUCCAGAACUGUACAAAGCUGUUACCACUCCCUGUGGGAGCCGGUUCUCAUGUGAGCCAUCUCAUGUGCUCAUGUGCUCAUCGUCACGUGCUGGCUGUUCCCAGCAGGAACCUACUCACCUAUAGCUGCUGGAGGUAGUGUUGGAACUCUUGGCAGGAUUGGAGGAGUGAGAGGUCCCCCUUUGCUGUUACUGAGCUGGAGUCCCUGACACUGUUGUUGAGAGAGGGCCUGCCAUAAACAUAAUGGCUUCCAUCUUUUCACACCUUCUAAUUUCUGUGAAUGGCUCCAGUUGGCAGACUGGUUCCUCGGGAGCAUAAAAUAGAAGAAGUGAAACUGAACAUUCACCCCUGUAGCAGGGGAGAGGAAGAGCACCGAAGGCCCUUAGUUUGGGGCCCACUCUUUUCCUGUCGGUCACACGCAAGGCCUGGCCAUGAAGGGUUUCACGGCGGCCCUCCUCAUCUGGACUCUCUUAUCUCUCAGCCGCAGUAGCAGCAAAGCCUGGCCCACACACACGGUCUGCCGGGAUGGGAACCUGGAAGUGCUCUACCAGAGUUGCGAUCCAUUACAAGAUUUUGGCUUUUCUGUUGACCAGUGUUCUAAACAUUUAAAGUCAAAUCUCAACAUUAGAUUUGGAAUCAUUCUGAGAGAAGACAUCAAAGAGCUGUUUCUUGACAUAGCUCUCUUCACUAAAGGAUCAUCCAUUUUGAAUUUCUCCUAUCCCAUCUGUGAAGAGGAUCUACCCAAGUUUUCUUUCUGCGGAAGAAGGAAAGGGGAGCAGAUUUAUUAUGCCGGGCCCAUCAAUAAUCCUGGAUUUGAAAUUCUCCAGGGAGAAUACCAGGUUUUGCUGGAACUGUAUAAUGAACACCGUUCCACCGUGGCUUGUGCCAAUGCCACUGUUGUUUGCUCCUGAGCAGCUGAAACCUGGGGCACACUGUGUCUGCUGGGAACCACAAGCUGCUCAAGCUGGACCUGCUCUGUAAGCAAAACCAGCCGACGAUGGAGAGGCUCAGCAGAGGGGCAGGCGCAGGUUUUAGCCCCAGGACCGGACGUCCUCAGACUCCACGCAUGUAUGUGCUCCUGAGUCACCUCCUGGUAGUCUCGACGCCAUCCUGUGGGCCCGUCCUCCUCCGCAUGGCCAGACUCACCUGCAGAAACAGCUCCGCAGGAGCACUUCCCCUGUUACCCAGAAUAAAGAAAGCUGGCCCACUGUUGUUCCUCAUGGUUUGUUCGAAGGCUCUUAGUGCGAGACCGUAGUUACAGUGUAAUUUCCUCCAGACAAAGCGCCAGGUGCUGGCGAAGCGUAAGUAGUUCUAAGAGUUUGAGGAGGUUGACCGACUGGCUGGAAUUAGAGAGCUGGCAAAAUGUGCCCCUUGUCCUCCCCCUCCUUCUGAGCAAGCUCCAGGCCCUUUGGCCACAAGGACAGAGGAGCCGAUAAAACCUUAGAAAGAAUGACAUCCAAAUCCCGCCUGGCCAAACCUCAUUAUAUCAUCGUCCCCCAAGCGUGGCCGUCCUUGGCCUCAGCACGUCAUGGCUCUCAUUAAUGCAUUCAUUAAUUCUUGAUGUGUACCUGCUGAACACUGAAGUCCUGGGCCCUGUGUUCAGCACUGAGGCUACUCCAGGGAGCAAAACAGACCGUGUGGAGCUUGCGGUCCCCUGAAAUAUUAAAAAGCCAUGUCGAUCAGUGAGCAUGUUCAUUUGCAUUCAGCAACACCUCCAAGGGCCUCCGUAAACGAGCAGGUUGCUAUCCGCUCUCAGAGCCAUUCUGGCAACCCCGUCCUUUUCUAUCCCAGGAUGUGCAGAAUCACACGGUGGGCUCCACAGCUCUGACACCGUCCCGUGCCCCCCUCCCCACCCUGAUCCUCCCAGUGUCCCUGGGCCCAACAUCUGGCCCUCUUGCUCCUGCCCCGGGGACUGGCAUCAGGUGACUGGGUUGACUUUAUCAUUUGCAGGUCUUUGAGAUCCAUAAAAUACCACUAUGUUAGAGAUUAAAAGGUGAAAAAUCCAAAGUUUAAAAAUGUUCAUUGCUAUUAAUUACCAUCUGUACA